CUUCCCGCCCGGCCUAGUUCUGCCAAGCGCUGAAUGCCAUCUUCCGCCAGCAUGAGCCAUCACUCGUCGGGCCUUCGGUCCAGCAUCAGUUCCACCUCGUACCGCCGGACCUUCGGGCCGCCGCCCUCACUGUCCCCCGGUGCUUUCUCCUACUCGUCCAGCUCUCGCUUCUCCAGCAGCCGCCUGCUGGGCUCGGGGUCCCCAAGCUCCUCAGCGCGGCUGGGCAGCUUCCGUGCCCCUCGAGCGGCAGCCCUGCGUUUGCCCUCGGAGCGCCUCGACUUCUCCAUGGCCGAGGCCCUCAACCAAGAGUUCCUGGCCACUCGGAGCAACGAGAAGCAAGAGCUACAGGAGCUCAAUGACCGCUUCGCCAACUUCAUCGAGAAGGUGCGCUUCCUGGAGCAGCAGAACGCAGCCCUGCGCGGGGAGCUGAGCCAGGCGCGGGGCCAGGAGCCGGCGCGCGCCGACCAGCUGUGCCAGCAGGAGCUGCGCGAGCUGCGGCGCGAACUGGAGCUGCUGGGCCGGGAGCGCGACCGGGUGCAGGUGGAGCGCGACGGGCUGGCAGAGGACCUGGCGGCACUCAAGCAGAGGUUAGAAGAAGAAACCCGCAAGCGGGAGGAUGCGGAGCACAACCUGGUGCUCUUCCGUAAGGACGUAGACGAUGCCACGCUGUCCCGCCUAGAACUAGAGCGCAAGAUUGAGUCUCUGAUGGAUGAGAUUGAGUUCCUCAAGAAGCUACACGAAGAGGAGCUUCGAGACCUGCAGGUGAGCGUGGAGAGCCAGCAGGUGCAGCAGGUGGAGGUAGAGGCAACAGUGAAGCCAGAGCUGACCGCGGCGCUGAGGGACAUCCGUGCACAGUAUGAGAACAUCGCUGCGAAGAACCUGCAGGAGGCAGAGGAGUGGUAUAAGUCGAAAUACGCUGACCUGUCCGACGCCGCCAACCGCAACCAUGAGGCCCUACGCCAGGCCAAGCAGGAGAUGAACGAGUCCCGACGUCAGAUCCAGAGUCUGACGUGCGAGGUGGACGGGCUGCGUGGCACGAACGAGGCGCUGCUCAGACAGCUGCGGGAGCUGGAGGAGCAGUUCGCCCUGGAGGCUGGAGGGUACCAAGCGGGUGCAGCACGGCUGGAGGAAGAACUUCGACAGCUGAAGGAAGAGAUGGCGAGGCACCUGCGAGAGUACCAGGAACUCCUCAACGUCAAGAUGGCCCUGGACAUCGAGAUAGCCACCUACAGGAAGCUACUGGAAGGGGAGGAGAGCCGGAUCUCAGUGCCGGUUCAUUCCUUUGCCUCCCUAAGUUUAAAGACGACUGUGCCGGAGGUGGAGCCUCUCCAGGAUAGCCACAGCAAGAAGAUGGUUGUGAUCAGGACGAUCGAGACCCGGGAUGGGGAGCAUGUGGUGACAGAGUCUCAGAAGGAGCAGCACAGUGAACUGGACAAGUCUUCUAUUCACAGCUACUGAGUCCUCAGCCAGAGCUCAGACCCUGACCUAAGCCUCUCCUUAAGCCUGAGCCCUACCUAACACUAGUCUGUAACCAGUCCUGCUCUGCAUGUAGACAGCCCCUCCCCACCAAGCUCCAGCCUGAUCCAGAGGCUGGGCCUCUCCUGAUGCGUAGAUGUGACCCAUAGCUUUCCUGUCCUUGUAAGGGGUGAAUGAAGAUACCCAGGACAGCAAAUCUGCUCAAGAAUGACCCCAUGGUCAGUGGGGUAGGCCAGAGUGUGAGACUUACUCUGAGUCAAAUAAAAUCGCUACUGAGAGAAA